CGGCUGCUUUCCUCUCCCUGCUGCCACCACCCUCGCACUAGGAUCGCCUCCUUGCAAGGAACACCUGGCCGAUAGUCGCAUCCCGCCACACCCCGCCUCCUCCAAUCGUCAGCGCGAUUCACCUCCCUGCUGUCGCUUCUCCACUCGCGCCAUGUCUGCAGCGUCUUUCGGCCCCUUCUCGCGAUCUAAUGUCAAUCCCUUGAAGACUGCCUCCCUGCCCCUCCCCGGUCAACAGGCCGCAUCGGCUGGCGCCUCUCACUUCUCGGGCCACGAUUUCCCUCACCAGCCGGGCCAGCAGCAUUCGCACCCGUCUGCCUUCCCCGCACACCCCUCACAGCACCAGCAACCACUUCAGACCAGCAAGGGUCACCUGCCGACGUCCUCCACCGGCUCGCCACCCAUGUCCAGCAGCCAUCACACAAGCAUGUCGGCCGCGGCUGGCAUCGCGGCCGCUGUCCCUGCCCAGUCUGGCAGCGCCUUCGUCCUGCCGGCCCCACUGCAGGCGGUCUCGACCAAGUUCAACCGUUUCCUUCAGUCUACCGAGGAGAUCGUCGAUCAGGUGUCCCGGCCCAUUGGCAAGUACCUGCCCUACGUCGCUCGGUUCCUCAUUGUCCUUACCUUCCUCGAGGAUGCCAUCCGUCUGUUCAUGAACUGGGAUGAGCAGAUGUCUUAUCUCAUUUCGCGGCGUGGCUUCAACGGCUACUUCGCCAUGUUCUUCCUCACGAGCAACAUCAUGCUGCAGACGCUGGGCAGCUUCAUUGUCAUCGGCUUCGGCAAGCUGGCUCCCGUGGGCGUUGGCUCGCUCUUCUACGGCUUGGUGCUGCAGACCUUCGGGUAUGCCAUCUACUCGGAUUUGAGCAUGCUCAGUCGGACGCUGUCCCUCUGUGGUGGCCUGUGUCUUUUGGCCUCCGAGGCGCUGGACACCCGGCGCGGCCGCAAUGCCAAGGACACCAGCCGGCGGAACCUGUAUGCCGGGCUCCCGGAGCUGGAUGCCUUCGAGCCGGCGGCCUACCUCCAGGUGGCCGGGCGUCUGUUCUACAUGAGCCUCAUUGUGGCCCUGCUCUUCGACAUUGAGAUGGACCUGCUCGGUGUUCUGUAUGCCAUGUUCGUGACGGUCAUGUGCGGUGCCGUGAUGGUGGGCUUCCAUGCGCGUGCCAAUGCCGUGCUGCUGGUGGUCAUCCUGGUGGUGCACAACUUCACCGUCAACGACUACUGGUCCGUCAGCUACUACCACGUUCUGCGCGACACCAUGAUGUACAGCUUCUACCAGACUUGGUCUGUCAUUGGUGGCCUGCUGCUGCUGGCCAACCUUGGCGCUGGGGAGUUCAGCAUCGACAAGAUGAAGAAGAGCCGCUGAGGGCCGAUGGGCACCGCCGUCUCUCACCGCCCGGGCGAAGCGCGCGAGACACGACCAGAGCCCCGGAGCACGGGCGAGAGCGCGAGAGAGAAAGCCCAAAUGGGCGGAGCGGUGGGGAGGGGGGGGGGAGGG